CUCAUAAUUGAAGCCUAUCUCAUAAUAAGCAGGGUGUCCAGUGGUCAGGGAAAUCUGAAAAUGUCAGGGAAGAGUCAGGAAAUUUUACGAUUUAUCUGGAUUUCUUACAUCGUUUCACAUUUUUCUGAAUAAUUUAAAGUUUUUAGAAAGUAAACUUUUCUGUGGCUCUCAGUACACUAAGGUUUUCUGUUUUGCUAAACAUCAAUUUAUUUAUAAGCGUGGUCGGCAAUUUAUAUUUUCAUCGUCGUGUUAUCUUAUUUCAAUGUGUUCAACUGAGACAAAACUAUUAAAAAAAAAGAUCAAUUACUGAACAGUACUAUCUAAAUAAGUUACUAUCUAGUAAGUUGCAAACAAAAUGCAGUUAAGCAAAACGAAAGCAUCAUAUUACGAUCAUCACAAAUGGUCUGCAUGGUUUGUAAUGAUACGUUCGUUCCUAUUACACAAUGUAUUACAUAUAGAUGAUAUAAUUGCUUCAAUUUAAAUUUUUUACCUUUGUAAAUUCCAAACUUGCUUCCCGAGAAACAUAUUUCAAGGACAUCGUCAUUUAGCAUUUACUUGAUUUACCAUACAAAAUUAAUUCCGGCUCCUGAAAAACCUGAAAAAGUCAGGGAAUUGUUUUCAUUGAGUGUGCUGGACAGUGGACACCCUGAAUAAGGGAUACUUUCCUCUACCAUAAAUUAGUUAUAUAACUUUAUAUAAAAUUUUAUAUAAAGUUAUAUAACUUUAUAUAAAAAUAUGUAACUUUCCUCUACCAUAAAUUAGUAUUGUAAAUUGAAAUUGAACGGAGAGAUACAGAUUCCCUAAGAGGGAGCUGUCGCGUAGCGUAAUUUAGAUAGAUUCGAAUUUGUUUGCACAGCAGCUCGCCGCGGCAAUAUUUCAUUCGGAGCAUUUAACUCCGGGGUUGAUCGUGACUCAAAAUCGAAGGUAAAUCGAUGGAGAAACAAUUCGGAAAUUUAACCGCAUCAAAUUCCGUCUCGACGACGCGAUUAAAUUAUUCCCGUUGCACGCGACGGCGUGCUCAGAUCGUUCCACGAGGAUUCCGUAUACUUGAUCGCCUCGUGUCAUCGCCUCGAACUCGAAUUGCAGUAUUGGAAUAGCUGUAUUUGUACCUUCCCACUAUUCUUAUCUCUGCGCGUUUCGCAACGUCGGUAUCAAUGCUCUACCAUUUGCCUACGUACGACAGUCGCGGUUUCAAUACCGUCGAGGCACGAACACCUAUUGACACUCGAUUUUUUCCCGCGUUUCGCAUUAUCGCGGAUAUCGGUCCGUCGAUUGCCAUACGUCGUUUCUCGCGUCGAUUUCGGGCCGCGGCAACACACGUUCCAGCACGUAAAACGAAGUGCGCGCGUCGAUAACAUUACAAACAUAAGCCAGUCCCGAAAGAUCGGCUUGGAGAAAAAAAAGUAAAAGAAUGUCUGGCAUCCAAAGAAGAAAGAGUUGGUAUCAGAAGGCCGAGGCCGGCAUCAAGUUGGACACAUGGUUCGGCCGGCCGAAAAAAUCCGUGCGCGGCGGCGGGCCGCGCGGCUACUCGGGCAGCAACACCAUGCCCAGGCCGCACUCCGGCGACGAUAUCAACGAGCUCGAGCAACAGCGUUCCAUCAUCGAGAGGAUGGACGAGGAGACGGUGAACGAUAGAUUCGAGGAGAUGCUGGCCAACAUGAAUUUAACCGAGGAGAAGAAGGAACCGUUGCGUCAGCAGUCGGAGUCGAAGAAGAAGGAGAUGCUGGUGUUGCACUACAAGGGCAGCAUUCAGGACAACCGAUCGAAAUUCGACAAACCGGCGGAUUACAUACAGUACCUGGCGCAGCCCGAUUUGAGCGUCAACAAGAUCUACAACUGCAUCGAGUCCCUCAGGAUCGCGCUCACUAAUAAUCCUCUCAGCUGGGUACAGGAGUUCGGCACCAAGGGUCUCAAGCAGGUUCUGGCCACUCUCAAUGAGUGUUACCGAAAUGCCUUCAUAUAUUACGAUAGUGACAACCGUUACGAGCGGAUACAGUACGAAUGUAUACGCUGUUUAAAGGCCAUCAUGAACAAUACCGUUGGCAUAAAGGAGAUGCUGGCCCAUCACGAAGCCCUUACUAUCGUGGCCAGAUCAUUGGAGCCGACGAAACCGUCCGUAAUGUCCGAGGCAGUAAAGUUACUCGGCGCUGUGUGCCUCAUAUCCAGCGAUAGUCACAAAAAGGUUUUGGACGCGGUUACUAUGAACGGCGAGUUCAAAGGUCGCGAAAGAUUUCUACCGAUCGUACAGGGUUUGAUGAAUAAGAAGAAUGAAAAUCUAAGGGUGGUGUGUCUUCAACUUAUAAACUCGAUAAUAUCAUCCGCGGAAGACCUUGAUUUUCGCUUACAUCUCAGAAACGAGGUAAUGCGAGUAGGUCUGGCCGACAUUCUCGAGAUGUUAGAGAAAGAUGAGUCGGAGGAUUUGGCAACACAUUUGAAGAUCUUCAAUGAUCACAAGGAGGAGGAUUACGAGGAAUUUGUACAGAGAUUUGACAACGUACGUUUAGAAUUAGACGAUGUUAAUGAUUGCUUUGAAGUAGUCAAAAACAUGGUAAUGGAUACUUCCGCCGAGCCCUACUUUCUAUCUAUACUUCAACAUCUUUUAUUUAUUCGAGAUGAUGCUCUGGUUCGACCGGCGUAUUAUAAAUUGAUCGAGGAGUGUAUAUCGCAAAUUGUGUUGCACCGUUCAGGCUGUGAUCCGGAUUUCAGCGCGACAAAGCGCUUCCAGAUUGACGUACAACCGUUGAUCGACACACUAGUCGAAAAGUCGCGGGCUGAGGAAGAGCGCCGAUUGGUGGAGGUGAUGCAAAAGUUAGAAGAAGCUAUAGCUAGUAGGCAAGAAGCCGAAGCGAAGCUUCAGCACGCGGAAAACAAAAUUAAAGAACUGGAGCAAGGAACGGGGAAACCUGGUGGUCCCAGGAGUAAUGUGUGUCCACCUCCACCACCUAUGCCUGGAAUGGGCGGCGGACCACCGCCGCCGCCGCCUCCGCCUCUUCCUGGCGGUGGCCCACCUCCACCACCGAUGCCUGGAAUGGCAGGUCCACCUCCGCCGCCUAUGCCCGGCUCAAAAGGACCUCCACCUCCACCAAUGCCCGGCAUGGGAGGAGGACCUCCUCCACCACCUAUGCCAGGGAUGGGUCCUCCACCGCCACCGAUGAUGGGGGUGUUAUCUCCACCGCCUCCGGCGAUACAAGUUUUGCCUCAUGGGAUGAAACCGAAAAAGAAGUGGGAAGUAGACGGUCCACUGAAAAGAGCGAAUUGGAAAGCGAUUUUACCUCACAAAUUGACAGAAAAGUCAUUCUGGACAAAAGUACAAGAAGAUAGAUUAGCCAGCCCGGAAAUAUUGGAUGGUCUCGCGCAAAAGUUUGCGUCGAAACCGAGCGGGAAAAGAAUGGACGAUGUAGUUGAUAAAUCCGCCCCAACGAAAAAAGUGAAAGAUCUCAAAGUUUUGGACAGCAAAGCGGCUCAAAAUAUAUCGAUACUUCUCGGUGGGACGUUGAAACAUAUGCCUUAUGUAGAAGUGAAAAGAUGUUUAUUUAGAUGCGAGGGACCAGUUAUUGAUGAUAAUAUAUUACAAGGGUUAAAUCAAUAUUUACCACCGCCAGACCAAUUGUCGAAGUUACAGAUGUACAAGGACCAGUACGAUGAUUUGACUGAAGCGGAGCAGUUCUGUGUUACGAUAUCUACGAUAAAAAGAUUAAUACCCAGAUUGAGAUCAUUAAGCUUUAUGCUGCGAUACGAGGAGUUGGUACAAGAUAUAAAACCUGACAUAGUAGCGUCUACAGCGGCAUGCGAGGAAGUGAAGAGGAGCAAAAAGUUCGCGCGGAUUCUCGAAUUAAUAUUGUUAGUUGGAAACUAUAUGAAUUCCGGUUCGAGAAAUGGCCAAGCGUUCGGAUUCGAGAUUAGUUUUCUUACAAAGCUGACCAGUACUAAAGACGUCGAUAACAAACAAACGCUUAUGCAUUACUUAGUGGAUAUAAUAGAGAGAAAGUUUCCGGAAUGUGUCAGCUUCGUGGAGGAACUAGCGCACGUAGACCGCGCCAGUCGAGUGUCUUUAGAGAAUGUUCAGAGAACGUUACGUCAAAUGGAGACCAAUAUCCGUAAUCUCGAGCAGGAUCUCACGAAUGCCAAAGUUCCGCAGUGCGAUGAAGACUUAUUUAUAGACGUCAUGAAACCGUUUGCCAAGAAAGCUAGGGAAUCUUACGAGGUUCUACAGAAUAUGUUCAAAAACAUGGACGGUUUGUAUACAGACAUCUCAGAAUUCUUCUCCUUCGACAAGCAGAAAUACACUAUAGAGGAAUUCUUCGGCGAUAUCAAAAAGUUCAAAGACGAUUUCUUGCAAUCGCAGAGGGAGAUAAUAAAGCUGAAGGAGGGCGAGGAGAAACAGAGACGGGCGAGGGAAGCACGCGAGAAAGCUGAAGUGGAAAAGGCAGCGCGAGCCGCGCGUAAACGCGCGUUAGUCGAUAUGAAUGCGCACGAGACGCAGGAAGGUGUCAUGGACAGUCUGAUGGAAGCGCUACAGACUGGAUCGGCUUUCAGUCGACCGGACCAACGGCGCAAGCGACCAACCCGCGUAGCUGGUGCGGAAAGGAGGGCGCAACUGAAUAGAAGUCGAUCGCGUACCGGAUUAGUCGGAACUGGCUUACUAGGGAGGGAACUUUCGACAGAGCUUUUAAGUUCGGCUUAACCUACCGGGAUACAUCCUACUUCCGUCCUAAACUCAAUGCUGUGAUGAUUUUACAUGCCGCCCAUGAGGGGCAUGUAACAUGCAUCAUAUUGGAACAAUAGUGAGCGGCGAGAACAUCCUGCGAUACGGUAAACCAAUAUCCAAGGGGGAGAGGGAGGAGGCCGAAGAAGAACGAGAUUCCAUGGUCCUCCGGCCUAGAUCGAAUUUUGCGAAUUCGAUCUGAGUAACAGUCUUCCUUACGUAGUAAAGUGUUUGAUUUGUAGGUAUUUUGUACUUGUACAAAUAUUAGUUAACGGGUUUGCAUAGCGGAACGAUACUUGCGCUUGAGAUACUCGGUAGGAUGAGAGCGCGAGAACUUUAUUCCGCGUGGACGAUAUUGCGCGACAGGGAAUUCGUCGCCAGCGAACGCAUUUGUAAAUACGUAAGAGGUAGGUGCUGGUGGCGAAUUGGCAACUCGUCGACGCGGUUCGGCGCACUCUCUCAUCGCACUGUAAGCAUUUUUACUGCCGCCUCUGUGAAUCGGACGGCGGACUUCGCAUUUAUUUAUGUACGUGGCUGUAAAUAUAUUUCACCUCCGAGAAUCGUAGGUGCGCACAUAGAUGCUGCAAAUUGCGAAAUUAUUUCGACAUUACGAGAUACGUAUUUGUAAAAAUAUUAUAGUUAUAUUUCGGUUGCUGCGAGCGAUAAUGCGCCUUUUCGAUGUUUUUAGCGAGAAUGUCUCGUACGCGCAGACAUUGGUGUACAACGCGACAGGGGUAUUCGUAAUUAUUGCUUAUUUCGACAUUACGAAAUGGAGAGACGGUAAUAGUAAAGAAUUUAUCGUAAUUAUUCCCUCGCCGGCCCGACGAAACGACCGCAAAGCGUGCAUAACUUGACGUUUACAUCACCCGUUGCUCAUUUAAUUCUCAAUAAGGAUAUUUACAGUGUCCGUUCGAAACACUUUGCUGUAUAGAGAGAGAUUUGUACACCAAAUUGACGCAUAAUUCUGCGGCAUAUUUUUAAUAAUGGCUUUACCUGUAUCUUUUUUUUAAGAAGGCACUUGUACACUGAGAAAAAAACGUAUAUAAAAUUAUUUCUUGAUUUUAACUAAAUGCAGCGGUCACAGGCUGUUAAGCAGAUAUUUGUCAAUUAAAAAUAAUAUAUACAUAAAUAUUAUAUAAAUUACGUAUGUUUAACUUAAAAAGAUAUUUAAAGUGAAGAAAUACUGCCAUUUAAACAUAGUCAUAUCAACUUUUUUCUCAGUGUUUUUACAUUUUAUAACGGAAGUAUGUCACCUUGCAAUUAAUCUAGGAGCAAAAAGGACUGAUAAUACUCUUAAGGGAAGCGGCUUAUUCGACGCAACGUUCGCGUUUUUUGUGAUAAUUAACGAACCCGAUAACAAGCUCGCAACAUUCGAGUCGAUACUUUCAACAGCGGUGAAAGAAACUCAGGGAAAGAGAGAGAGGGAAAUCUCCGAAAACGGAUACGUGGCGACGUGGGCACUACGAAUCCAACUUCUUGCAAUGUUAAACUGGCAAUAGUAGAUAAUCCGUGAUUUUUACACACUACGUUAUUUUGGUAUCGCGUUCAUACAAAUUAAUAACGAUCGUCGUCAACGGGUCAGAAUCGCGUGUAAAAUUACCGAAUGUGAAAAUAUGCGAGUCGUAAGAUAUCAACGGGAGAUCGCCGAUAAUUUUAUGUGUGAACGUCGGAUUUGCGGUGUUGAAGACCAUCGUUUUCUGGGAUUCGGGUGCCCCGAGCAGGCCGAUCCAAGUGUUUUGACGUUACGCGCGAGAGUCGUGUAAAUAAUAAUAAUCUCGGACGCGUGAGGGACACGACAGGAAAAUCUCUCGCUGUCGCGGGAUUCAAGUUAGCCAACAGGUAGCGGCGCGGCGGUGGGGCGGCUAUGCCAGGCACGCUCGAAAUGUCUAGCGAAAGGCGACGUAACGAGCCGGUUCUCUCGGGGCCGCGCAAAAAUCGCGGAAGUAUCUCCGCGCGAGAAUACCGGCCGCGUUCCCCGCGCCGGCCGAUUUUCGGACCGCGCGCGUUCUCUGCGCGGGCAGCGCGGGGCGUUCCCCUAUCGCGUCGGCGACGAAACGCGGCCCGUUACGUGGCCACCUUAGGCGCAUAUUUUAUGCACGUUCUAGCACGCGCUUCGGUACCGAGCGAUUUUCCACGGAGUGAGACGGAGAAAAUAUUAGUCGUAUGUAUAUUUCCCCGAGGUGCUCGCACGUGUCUGUAGAAAAAAAAGCCACGGCGGAAAUGUAAAUCGCGUUGCCUAUCGAUCCGAAUCUUUUAACGAACGAAUGAUUCAUUAAUAUUAAUAAUAUUAAUAUUCUAGAGUUAGAUACACGUAAGUACCUAAGUUAAGGACUAAUUGUAUCUAUAUUGUGAAUACAUGCGGAUCUAAAUGA